AUGUGGGAGUGUGUGCCGUAUUGUGCUCUUGUGAGGAUUAUUCCAGGCAGAUGUACCAGCCCCAAGAACGUCUGCAACAGUCUUGCGAGCAGUCCAUGGGUUCAUAUGGGUUCAGAGUCUGAAUCUCUGGAUGGACUCCCGCCUGUCAGGGGCCGACGUGCCUCGCGCCGGGCGCUCCUGGACAGUGAUGACUCCCCGGAGGUUAACACACAGACUGCCUCGGCGCUAUUGCGUGCAGUGGAGAAGCCAGGGGCAGCAGAUCCGCCCAACCUCGGGACGAGCAAUGGCCUGGCAGAGGUCGACGUCCUUGGCCGAGGCUCUGCACGGCCACGGUGUAUCGGUGACCUCCGCCUGUCUAGCCAAGAUGAGGUAGUGUCUGAGCUGCGUGCUCAGAGGCUUGACAUUGACCAGCUCCAGCGGUGCAGCGCAGUCUUGCGCGAGGAGAUGGAGCAGCAGAAGCAAGUCAUCAAGCUUCUGAUGCUCUCCAAUGAUCAGCUGCUCACAGUGGUCGAGGAGCAGCGCGCUCUCAUCGAGCAGCUGCGCUGCCAGACGCCGCCCAGCACGAUCAGGACGGAGCCGACAUCGAUCGGCAGCAUGACCUGCGAAAGGUCACAGGAACCGCCUACAAAGCAGCGCGGGAAUGGAGCAGGUGGGAAACAGAAAGUUGAUGCUCAGCGCCUCACAGAUUUGGGGCGUGCGCCGAGCGGCAGCGGAUAUGCCUCUUCGGACGACGAAGCUUAUCAAAUCUGUGUUUUUUCCAACGCUCAGAGGCUCAGCAUCCUGCAGAAACGCCGAAUCGCCAAUUUUCACCCGGGGGCCCCAAGGUUCGUAUCACUGCGGCGCCAGGUAUUCAUAUGCAGUUUGAUUCACCACGAGCUCCAGAUGGAGGCUGAGGGAGAGGCUUGUGCAAAGCGGCGAAGAUGUGCUUUGCUGACGAUCCAGUAUGCCAUGGCCGGUGCCGUGCGAGGAGUCACAGGAACCUUGGCCUUGGGUGUAGUGGACAAUCUUGGAUGCCUUGAGACCCGCCUCCGAUUCCUCAAGGCGCCCAAGGCCUCGAAUAUCGAUGAUCCUCUUACUCUGGCCCCAGCGCCGCGUGCAUUUCAGGUCACGAACGAUGACCACCUCGGUUUUUCGUGUGUCCAUGACAUGCUCACUCACCUAGGCUGCUCUUCGGCCACCUCAGCCGGCGCCUCCGUAGGAGCUGCCGAGUCAAGGCCCGCUCGGCCAUAUGACAAGGCUGAUGGUCGGCGCGAGACAUGCUUAGAUCCUCGAUGUACCAACUUGAACUACUUUCAUGAUUUUGCUAGCCUUGACCACCUGAUUUCUGCCGGCCGCUUUACAAAAAGAAAAGACUUGAGCGAGUGCUGCAGAGGACAAGGCAAAGUCGAACUACAUUCGAUGUCCUCUGAAGACUAUGAGGAGCUCGUUGUGGUCAAGAAGCUGCCAGCAGCACGCGUCAACAUCAACAGAGGGAAACCGGGAAGCGAGCUCGCUAUGCAUCAGCGCGCCAUUGCACGCGACUCGGAGGAUCCGUUGGCGGAAAUCGGCGUUUUCAGCUUUUUGCGCCGCUGCGAGAAAACUCCUCAGUACUUGCUGGAGAUGCUGUCAGCAUUCCAAGUUAGCGAUGAGAUUUGGUUAGUCCUCGAGAACGCCGACGGCGGGGACCUUUUUGGCGUGGUUUCCUCCCAGCGGCCAUCCACAGGGCAGAUCAUGCUUUGGGCCUGGCAGCUGCUCCAGGCUGUGAAGUUCCUGCACAUGCAGUGCAUCAGCCACCGUGACAUCUCCUUGGAGAACGUGCUGCUAAGUGGUGGAGAUGUUCGGCUGAUGGAUUUCGGACAAGCAGUGCAGACGCACCUGGAAACAGGCGAGCUAUGUCGAUACUUCGUCCCAGCAGGGAAGCCCUACUACCGGCCGCCAGAGGCCUACAUCCCAGCCCAAGGAUCUCUGGCGGUCAUGGCACCUGUGGGCUCUCGAGCGGGACAGGUUGCUUUGGCACUGACCCCGGCUCAGGACUUUCUAUGUCACGUGCGCCUGCUGGAAGCAGCUGAGCCUGGGCAGCUUUGUGCAGCAGAGCCCUGGGGCUACACGGCCCCGCCCAUAGACAUCUUCGCUUGUGCUGUCAGCAUCACCAUCAUGUUCCUGGCAGGGCCACCUUGGCGACAGGCACGACCUACGGACAAGUAUUUCCAGUGGGUCCAAAGCAAUGGCCUCGCGGCCUUGGCCACGUCUUGGAAGAAGGCAGUCCCAUCGUCAGCUGCAGAGUUAUUGAGUCAGAUGAUGCAAACAGACCCAGACCGACGGCCCGCUGUUGAGGCCUGCCUGGGUCACUCCUGGUUCGCGCCGCUCUGCUCGGCACCCGUAGCCCUCCGAGAGGGUGCCUCGAGCCCUGCGGGCUCCCCAGGAUCCCCGCGCCUGGCCGGAGACUGCUACCGCGAACAGGAGUGGGUGUGCCGAUCCCUCCCGGGUCUUCCUGCUGAAGUUGCGUAUGCCUCGCCAGAUGGCCCAGAAUUCGAUGUGCCGGGCGAUCCGUAUCGAGAUUUCCAGCCUUGGAGCACAGAUUUGCACCUGCCUCUUGAACCUGGCGAUGCAGAGAUCUCUGGACUCCUUUGUGACGUACCACCUGCACCACCACCUCUGCCGCUGGUGAGGGAAGACAGGACCGACAUCACGAAGAUGGAGGCUGAUGUGGACCGUGAUUUGCAAGCUUCAUUUGCCCAAGCUGGACCGGAUCGCCAAUGCAGGGACGGGCAUUCGAGAGACGCCUUAGCCGACGCGCCGAUCAGGCCAUCAUUGCCUACGUGUGGGCGCAGCAGAUCGGAGGCCUCCCCAUGCGGCUGCCUUGCCGGCUCCCCGGCGCAAGCGCUGCGCACACUUCGGAAGACCAGCUCGGGUGGAAGGGAAGACAAGGUUUGGGACACGACUUGA